AUGUCAUCAUCGAGUAAUGGCACUGCUAGUGUUGAAUCACUUGCUGAAGUAUUUCGUUGUUUCAUUUGUAUGGAAAAAUUACGUGAUGCUCGUCUUUGUCCACAUUGUUCAAAAUUAUGUUGUUAUCCAUGUAUUCGAAGAUGGCUUACAGAUCAACGUCAACAAUGUCCACAUUGUCGAGCAACACUUCGUUUACAUGACCUUGUUAAUUGUCGAUGGGCUGAAGAAGUAACAAGUCAACUUGAUAGUUUAAAAGUUAAUGAAAUGAGUAAACAAAAACGUGAAGAAAAAGACAAAUGUGAUAUACAUCGAGAAAAAUUAAGUGUAUUUUGUUCAUCAUGUUCAAAAUGUAUUUGUCAUCAAUGUGCUUUAUUCAAUGGUUCACAUGCUGGUCAUAAUUUCCUUCCACUCGAUGAUGUUUAUCAAGCAAAUAUAUCAGCUGUUAAUGAACAUGUCGGACAAUUAAAACGACGUCAUGUUGAACUUAUUUGUUUAAUACAAGAUGUUGAACGAAAUGUUGAAAGUGUUAAAGCAGCAAAAGAUGAAAGACUACGAGAAACACGAAAUGCUAUGCAUGUUAUGCAAGCAAAACUUGAUGAACAACUUAAAAUUAAAUUAGAUGCUUUAAAUGGUCAACGUCUACAAUUUUCUCGUGAAACAGAAUUAAUUGAACAUGUUCUGCAAGAUAUCGAACAUCGUGUAUCAACAAGUGGUAAAGCUGAAGUUAUUUGUAAACAAGAAGAUUUUCUUAAUUCAAUUCAAAUGAUUUAUCGAAAACCAAUGACAAGUUUUGUUACAACACCUGUUCCAUGUGAUUUUCCUAGUGAAAUCGUUCCACAAUAUGAUUCAAGUACAUUUGUUAUAACAAAUUUUUCCAUUCUUCGACAUAAUGUUGAUCCAAUUUAUAGUCAACCAUUACAUAUAAAUGGUUUAACAUGGCGUUUAAAAGUUUAUCCAGAUGGUAAUGGUACUGUACGUGGUACAUAUUUAUCUGUUUUUCUUGAAUUAACAAAUGGUUUAAAUGAACCAUCUAAAUAUGAAUAUCGUGUUGAAAUGAUUCAUCAAUUAAGUAAAGAUCCAUCAAAAAAUAUUGUUCGAGAAUUUGCAUCAGAUUUUGAAGUGGGAGAAUGUUGGGGUUACAAUAGAUUUUUUUUACUUGAUGCUUUAAUAACCGAAGGAUUUUUGGAUACAGAUAAUGAUAUAUUAAUAUUACGUUUUCAAGUACGUCCACCAACAUAUCAUCAAAAAUGUCGUGAUCAACAAUGGUAUAUAACAAAUUUAGAAAAUGAAAAUCAUUAUUUACAUAAUGAAAUAAAAAUUUUACGUGAAAAAAUUCAUUUUCUUGUAUCAAAUAAACGACGUAGUUUACCAUCAUCAGAAAAAAAUGAUAAUGAAGAAAUACUAUCAACUAGUCCAAUAGCUGAUAAUAAUCAUCAAAGAGAUAAUACAGGAAAAAUAAAUAUUGUUGAUACAACAAGAAGAAAUAAUCAUGAAGAUGAAGAUGAUGAUGAUGAUGAACAUACAUCUCUCGAAUCAGAUCAAUCGUAUCAAUUGGAUUCAGAAGAAUUAAGUUCAGAUGAUGAUGACGAUGAUGAUGAUGAUGAUGAAAAUGAUAUUGAUGUUGAAAAUGCAUUAACUGAAAACGAUGUUGAAGAAGGUCCAACAUGUAAUAUAACAACCAUUACUCUUAAUGAUCGAUCAACACCUGUUGAACAAAACCUUCAUCAACGUUAUUCUCUUAUUAUUCCUUCGCCCACUGUCAGAUCAAAUGAUAUGACAACUGCUUCAACAACAAUACAAACAGCAUCAGCAGUUGCAAAACCUGAUAUAAUAACAACAGAUCCUGUAACAUUAAGUGUGCUAUCAGCUGAUAUUGAUGAUAUUGUUCAACAUGCAUUUGAUAGAUGGAAAAACGAUACUAUGCCUCUAAACAAUCAAACUAAUAUGAAUGAAACAUUACCAUUUAAUAGUGAUGAAGAUUUUUUACUUGCUGAUCUUCUACAACGUAGUGAAAACGAUCAACAAAAUAUACUUUUACGUUCAACAGAUAAUCAACCAAAUAUUUCUUCUUUAUUCCGUCCAAUAACGCAAAAUAAUACCAAUGAAUCUGUUGCUGCUUCUGCUUCAGCUGUACUUCAUACGUAUCACCCACAGUAUCAAACAUCAUUAAAUAAUUUAAUGUUGCUCAAUUCUCAAAUUCAACGAUCAGUAUCUCCGUCUGAUCUUAGUCCUCAACAAAGAUCACGUAAUCGUCAUCAUCAUCAUCGUCAUUCAACAACACCUCGACGAACACAACAGACAACUCCAAUCGUUAUUAAUGAUGAACAACAAACAUCGGAACAUAAUAAAAAUAAUGUAUAA